AUGGCCAACUCGAUCUUAGAUCUUGUUGCUGACGACGCUAAAAUGACACCUCUUCGCAUUAUGGAGCUCCUUUGGGCUGAUGCUACCACCCAUCUUACCGAGACUGGUGGUGAAAUGUUUCUGCCUCGCAAUGUUGUUGAUAACGUUCUUGGCAAUGCUAAUCUUACCACAAUGGCUCAUCGUCUGGCGUGUUUGCUCAACAAGAAGGUCGACAUCAUUGUUGAUGAAUCCAUCAAUGCUUAUCGGCUUAUCCCGAAAGAAAUCAAAGCUGAUAGCGAUGAAGACUUGUGGCCCGAGGAGCACAACAUAGCUGUCAAAGAUCACCUUGUGUUCAGCCGAUCCAUUGCCAACGCGCCGGAAUCCAAGCUUCCCGUUCGCCCUGGCAAGGUUCCUCGCCCUCCAAACUGUUUCAUUCUUUACCGCCAGGCAAACCACCACCUGGUCAAGAACGCAAACCCCGGUGUUUCCAACAACGAGAUUUCUCGUAUCCUCGGCGCCCGCUGGAACAAUGAGAGCCCCGAAGUUCGGAUGCAGUUCACCCGUCUGGCAGAGGACCUGAAGCGCGAACACGCUAUUAAGCACCCUGACUAUCAAUAUUCCCCUCGCCGCCCUGCUGAUCGUAAACGCCGCACUCCUCGUGUCCGUACCAACAACGGUAGUACCUACUACGAUUUCGAUGCCCCCUAUGACGGCUCUUUGAUCGAAGUCGAUGAUAUUUUCAUGUCCGACCUGAACGAUGAAGAUCUCCUCUUCGGUCCCAAUGGUGUCCAGCCAAUUUCUACUUCUUUCAGCCACAGCGAGCGCAUUCAAAUUAGCGAUGAACUAGCUUCAGGCAACAGCAUUGCUUCCAUGCGUUACAACCCCAUGCCAUUCGAGUGUGACACUUCUGACAUCCCUACCGUGUUUUAA